CCGUGAUUAAAUAAGAUGGCGGACUCCUCGGUGGAAAUCAUUGAAGGGUGCCGUCUUCCCGUGCUGCGAAAAAAUCAAGAAAAUGAAGACGAGUGGCCGCUGGCUGAAAUUCUCAGUGUCAAAGACAUUCCUGGGAGAAAGCUCUACUAUGUCCACUAUAUUGACUUCAACAAGCGACUGGAUGAAUGGGUGACUCCAGACCGGUUGGACUUGAAGAAGCUCCAGUUUCCCAAAAAGGAGGCAAAGACCCCUACGAAGAACGGCCUGCCGGGGUCUCGCCCCAGUUCUCCAGAGAGAGAUGUGAGGAAGAGUCUAGAUCUCAACGUUCAGUCUGCUUCAGCUCCAUCAAGAGGCAAAACCCUCCCCACACCGAAGAGAAAAGCAGAAUCUGUGUCUUUGGCAACACAAGUUACAGCAGCGAUUCCAGUGCCUUCACUUCCUAGCUCUGCAGAGGCAAGUCAGGCCUCGGUUUAUCCAGCCAUGAGGGACUCCUCCUUCAGCAUUAAAUCCAGAGAAGAACAUGAGCCGCUCACCUCUCUCUCCACGAAUGGAACAACACGUCGUCUUAUUCCUUCUCAGCCAGGGAGAAAAAGGAAAAAUUGUGGAGGAACGGAUGAGAUGGUAAAGGUGUUCCAGAAUAACAACCCUCGCUGCUCCACCGUCUAUUUGCCACCAGGAGAGGAUUCGCAGGACAGUUCUGAUGGUAUUCCCUCUGCCCCUCGCAUGACUGGUAGUUUGGUGUCGGACCGCUCACACGAUGACAUCGUCACGCGAAUGAAGAACAUAGACUGUAUCGAGCUGGGCCGGCACAGGCUAAAGCCGUGGUACUUUUCUCCAUACCCACAGGAGCUCACCACCCUCCCCAUCCUCUACCUUUGUGAAUUUUGUCUUAAGUACCUCAAGAGCCUCAAGUGUCUCCAGAGGCAUCUGACAAAAUGCAACCUUCGACACCCUCCAGGAAAUGAGAUCUAUCGCAAAGGAACUAUAUCAUUUUUUGAAAUAGAUGGCAGGAAAAACAAGACAUAUUCCCAAAAUUUGUGUUUAUUGGCCAAAUGCUUCCUGGACCACAAGACCCUGUACUAUGACACGGAUCCUUUCCUCUUCUAUGUUAUGACAGAGUAUGACUCGAAGGGUUUCCACAUAGUCGGCUACUUCUCCAAGGAAAAGGAAUCAACAGAGGAUUAUAAUGUAGCCUGCAUUUUGACUUUACCACCUUACCAGAGAAGAGGCUAUGGCAAACUACUAAUCGAGUUUAGUUAUGAGCUCUCAAAAGUGGAAGGAAAGACCGGUACUCCAGAGAAGCCUCUGUCGGAUCUGGGUCUGCUCUCUUAUCGCUCUUACUGGUCUCAAACUAUUCUGGAGAUCCUCAUGAACCUCAAGUCAGAGAAUGGAGAACGGCCACAGAUCACCAUCAAUGAAAUCAGUGAGAUUACCAGUGUCAAGAAAGAGGAUGUGAUCUCAACUCUUCAAUACCUCAACCUCAUCAAUUAUUAUAAGGGUCAGUAUAUCCUCACCCUAUCAGAGGACAUAGUGGAAGGUCAUGAGCGGGCCAUGCAGAAGCGUCACCUCCGUAUCGACUCCAAAUGUUUGCAUUUCACUCCUAAAGACUGGAGUAAAAGGGGCAAGUGGUAAAGACUGGAGGAGGACUGCUAGCACCCAGCUAACACGUCACAUCCCGCUCACAGAGCAAUUCAGUUCAAGAGACUGUAGCUGUUCCACAAACAGACCUGACCUGAAAAUGUGUGUGUACAAGAAGACAAACACAGUGUAAUAUUGUUAAAGAUUCCACUGUCCACAUCUGCAUGUUAUGUGACUGACGUUUACACAUUUUUAUAUUCUGUGAAAUUAAUGUUAGUCUGUUAUUUGUCCGUAUGUGAGAAUGGAAAAUUGUAUUCGAUAGGUCCUCUUAGAUGCCUAUAUU